GCCAUUUUGCUAUGUUGUAGGCAGUGCUUGUACCUCCAUUGUCCGCAAGAACUGUGAGCUUCCCUCAUUCGAUGCCAUGGAGGACUAUUGUGGAGACUUAGUUGAGGAAAUGGAAAACUGGUUGUCAAGUGAUGACUUUGACCGCGCAUGGCGUGAAUGCUAUGCGCGUGCCACAGAUGUGCAGAAUGGGUUCCUUUUCAUCCUCUUUUUCCUUGUUUUGACCGUAUGUUCCACCACUUGCACUCAGGACCGCGCUUGCAAGGGGUCAACCGGACGAUCAGACAGAAACAUUUCUGAGACGCUUCUUCUGCAAACAGCUGCCAGCUUACACAACCACUUGCCUCUUGGCGCGUUGGAGCGAAUGAUUCCAGCACCUGAUGCGGAGUUCGUGAGGGGAGCCCUCGAAGCAGUGGGUGUUGAAGACCCUCGUCGAGCUGGUCUACAGGACUUGGAACACUUUGAAGCAGCACUGGUGGUGGUGUACACGCAUUUGGCGCACUGCGCUUCUUUAUUGGAGAGUGAGAUGCCAGGAAUGGCUCAUGCUAUUCUGACUGGAAAGAUUGACCCACGAGGUGCAUGACCAGCUGUCCAUAAGUGCAGCGGGUAAAA